AUGAAUGUCAUUGUGAAGGUGCUUCACACUUGGAAGCAAUACCAGACUAAGAGUGGAGAGUCUCUCAAAAUCGUUCUCGCAGAUGAAAUGGGUACCAAAGUCCACACUACUGUCAAGAAAAACCUGUUGCAUUGUUUUGAGCGGUUGAUGGUUGUUGGUGAAUGGAAGUUCAUCGAGAAAUUUUCACUGAACCAGGCAUCAGAUGUUAUUGGACGAGUUGAAAGUGUACGUGAACUGGAAACAAUCCCUGUCAUGAACAAGGAUAUCAGCAAGCUUGAGUUCAACUUGUGGAAUGCAAAGUUGGAAAAUGUAAAAUCAUGUGUACUGUAUACGCGGUUGAUACAGAUUGAUCAUGGUUUUACUUGGUUUGCACUAAGUGUGGGAAAAAAGGUCUACAAAAUCCCAAAACGUGAAGACGAGAAAUUUUUUGAUAAAACUAAGAAGUUUUAUUCAUGUGAAACAUGUGAUGCCAAAGUUUCAUCUGUCAGUGCGAGAUACAAACUCCAUCUUUGUGUAAUGGAUAACACGAGCAAGAUCAAAUGUUUUCUUUUUGAUUCAAAUGCAAAGGAUAUUGUUAACCAAUCUGCUGAUAAAAUUUUAAAAAGGACAUACUAUGAGAUACAAGAUCCAGAUGUCGUUUCUGAUGCACUGCAAAACUUGGUUGGGAAGACUUUUCAGUUUUUAAUUUGUGUUGAGAAAGAAAAUCUCUACGGUGGUAGUAAUACAUACAAGGUCGGAAAUGUUUGGAAAGGCAAACAGGUUUUGACUAUCACCAUUGAUGAGGUGAAUGAAUCUGAAGAUGGGAGUGAUCAGAGUUUACUCAUGUCUGGCGACCAGGCAUCACUGAUGAACACACAUAGCCAAGAGUCUUCGGAUGAUGUUUCUGGCAAUAUCAAAACUCCUUUAUCAAAGCGUGAGCGAGAUGAUCCUAAAGAUUCAGUCGACUCAUCCUCAUCGUCUAUGAAGUCAUGUAAUAGUGGGAAUAGUGUGGAAACGACAUAUGUGAAUGAAGUGAUUGAUGAGGAUACACUGAAAAGUGAUGGUGUUUGGUGUGUUGAUAUCAAAUGUGUCGCAUUUGGUAACAAUGCUGUCAAGUUUGAAGAGCUCUGGCUAACAAAACCUAGAGACAAAGUAAUCAUAUGUGUAUUAAGAUUUUGGGAGGUUGGACCAUAUGGAGAUGACAUACAUAUUUUUCCCAAUGACAACUUUGAUCCUCCUAUUCCGGAAGUAGAGAAUUCACGUAUCAUGUUGGACUACACAAAUGAUUUUAAUAAUGUUGAAGAUGAGUAUCGUGGGUGGGUCAUGCCGUUCUAUGAGAAUGGUUGA